GAUUAAACUGGAGUCAAAUUGUUCUAGCUCACUUGUCAUCCUUCCUGACUGCUGAGGAAGAAGAAACAGCUAUCCACUCACUCCAAGCCUGGCGCUUGUAGAAGCUAGAAGAAGGUGUUGGAACCCCUGGAACUGGAGUUACAAAUGGUUGUAAACUGCCGGGGGGACACUGCUUUGGAAAUAACUCCUGCUGGCCUGCUGUGGGUAGCCAUCAUGGAAACAGCCAACAUCAAUCCUUCACUCAUAAAUUUAGGUCAGGAGACAUCAAAAAAUUAUGCCCAGCCCGACAUCCUGUGCCACACAUUUGACUUCCUCUCUAACCUUCACAAGUUGCUCCCAAAUCAUAUGGCGGAAGUGCUUCAUUCCUACAGAAGUGAAAGUGACAAAAUCAAAUGUGAGAAUUGUGAAUUCUCUGGCUUGGAAAAGAUCUUAGCAAGACGUCAGUUGCCAAAAGAGGUUAGUCUGACUCCAAAGCCAAGUAAAAUGCCUUCAUGGAAAAGAAAAACCAUCAACAAUAUAAGUUGCAACUGGAAGAAAUGUCACAUGUGGAAGAAAAACAUGUAUGAGCCACCCAUGUGCACAAUUGUUGCCAGGUGGGCAAAAAAGAACUUAAAACCUGCAGAGGACUUCAAGUCGGUGAUCCAAAGACUGUCUGCACUAGGCCCAAUUAUCUCAGCCACUCCUUGUGGACGACAAAGUGCCAUCGUGGUGUUCAAAGAUACAAGCUCAGCUUGUAGGGCUGUGAGUGCUUUUCAUACCAUAUCUGCAGGCACAAUGUUCCAGUGCUCAUGGCAGCAUCGAUUCAUGUCAAAAAAAACACUUUGGUCAAGAAAACUUACUUCGAAAAUAUAAUCAGACAACAUAGCUACAAGAAUAUAAUCAGAGAAGCAGCCACAGUUAAGUUGCCAUAAACAGAAAAGCUUCAUUGACUUUCAGAUAUGUAGAAUCUCCUGGAAACUCACAACUUCUAAACAAUGCCCAAUUCCACUAAGUUAAGGAAAUUCUCUAACCUCCUUCUACAAAAAAUAAAGGAAUAAUGCUGAAAUUCUACAGUUGCAUAAAUGAAAGAAAUAAAAGAGAAAUGUGUCCGUGCCCAGGGCAGAGCAUCACCUCCAAUGUUAUGGCGUUCUUUUUGGUGGGCCAGUGGAGCAUGACCUUCGUGAUGCCAUCUUCAGAGGUUACCACAAUGUUCUUAGACUCCUGGACAUCAGCUCCACGCUUUCCCUGGUUAGAGGCUUCAGAUGAAGGACUCAAACUGAAUACCAGAUCCACAUAGUUCUGCCUGGCAGUUUCCUGAGGAUGACGACAACCUCGGCCUUUAAAAUAAACAAUUUGAGAAAUGCACUAUGCUAAUAAAUGCCACCAUGCAAUAAA